CACUAUGUUCAGCUGAGUGAUAAUCAUUGUCAGUCGGUUUCUCGGUUUCCCGAGCCGGCUGUGGUUUGAUCACAGCAGGCACACACGGGACAGGAACCCUCAGCAUUGCUGGCACUGGUUUCCUCUUCAGCUGGGUCGGCCCUUCUAUAACGGGGAGAAAUCUGUUUAAUGGUGGAGUGAAAUCUAAUGUCUAAUCUAUUGAAGGGUGGUUUGACUGAACGGGGCACGAGUGUGGGCAUAAUUUAGCCACAGGACAAAUAAACAGCUGUUGUAGUAAGAAAACUGCCCACGAUCAUGUUUGUGCACGAACUAUAUCAGUACAAGUGUAGACUGUUAAAUGCGGUCAAAUUUGCACCAUUUCCUUUUUAUGCACUAAUGUUGUCCAUCACCAGGACAAGCAAGCACUUUCACUCCAUCCAAUUGUAUCCAUGCCGCUGCCUGAAUGUGCUAUAUACAUACUUUGUGUUUCCUAGACUCCUCACAUUAUUGGAUUGCUAUUUUUAGAAAGCUCAAACCGUGUGCUGCCACUAGUGCGGGCUCUGAUCACAUCUCGGUGGCAGGCUGGAUUUUCAAAACAUUCACUGUCUCUUCUUCCUCAUCCUGCUUCCGAGGAACAUGGCGGGUUCGACCUGAUCGCGGCUUCCCGCCCAACUUCGCAAUCCCUGCCAGGCACCUCCUCAUCUCAGCCGAAAGGUCCCUCGCCGCUCCUGAUGUCCACCUAAUGCUGUCAUGGUAGCGGGAUCCGCACGCUGGGAGGUCGCCUUCGAUCGCAAGGUACCGUUUUGCUUACAUGACAUAGUGCUCAAUGCAGCCGUUAAUAAAAGGGUGAGGCUCUAAGCUUCUGUUUGUGUGGACACUACCACGUGUACGCUAUUCUGUGUUCUAUUGCAUGAGACGUAACUAAUGAAUCAUGAGUUCUCCAAUACGUCCAGAUGGGGUUUCUGACCGAGAGCAACCGAUCCAGCUGUUGGCUCAAGACCGAAUGCAUAGCAUGCUCACCUCAGUUGAAGUCAGCUCGGCACUCCCUGUGGCACUCCAACCAACUGCCCCGAUAGACUUACGAACAGACCUGCGGAUCACCAUGCCAGCUGUGGACCCUGUCACAAGAGAACGCCAGUUACAGCAAGAGCUCCUCCUGCUGCAGCAGCAACAACAAAUUCAGAAGCAGCUUCUCUUUGCUGAGUUCCAGAAACAACAUGAAACCCUCGUGAGACAGCACCAAGUCCAGCUUCAGGAGCAUCUCAAGCAACAACAGGAACUGCUAGCUGUGCAACACCAGCAAGAGCUUCUGGAGCAGGAACGCAAACUGGAGAAACAGCGGCAGGAACAAGAGUUUGGGCGACAACUACAGGAACAACAUCUUCUGUUUCUUCGAAAUAAAGAAAGGAGCAGAGAAAGUGCUGUGGCCAGUACAGAGGUCAAGCAGAAACUCCAGGAAUUCCUGUUGAGCAAAUCAGCGAAAGAAUCUCUAUCAACUGGACAGAACCAUUCCUUCCCUCCAAAUCCCAAACACUGGUAUAAGGGGGCCCACCGUGCUUCACUGGACCAGAGUUCACCACCACAGAGUGGAAAUUCUCCAUCAUAUAAGCAACCAUCACUGGCAGUUAAUGACAAACAGGAUGAUUUUCCCCUGCGUAAAACUGCCUCAGAACCAAAUUUGAAGGUGCGUUCCAAGUUAAAACAGAAAGUGGCAGAGAGGAGGAGUAGUCCAUUAUUGCGCAGAAAAGAUGGCACCAUUAUCAGCACCUUCAAGAAGAGAACACUUGAGAGAACAGGUUCCUCAGUUUGUAACAGUGCUCCAGGAUCUGGCCCCAGCUCUCCCAACAAUAACUGCAUUGGAUGUUCAAUAGAGAAUGGAUUCUCACGUUCACACACUGAGCAGUUGCUGCCACAUCGCAGGAUUCUGACUUGGGAUGGAUCAGUGAACGCUCUAAAUCUCUACACAUCACCAUCGUUACCCAACAUUACUCUGGGUCUCCCAGCUCCAACUGCCUCAUCUGCCUCCUCCCACAUCAACGCCUCAACAACAAAUCAAAAUACUGACAGACACGCCAUCCAGGGAAUGACAGCCCUUACUGGACAGUUCAGAGGAGGAACUCCCUUAUCUGCUUAUUUACCAACUGCUCCUUUUGAUGGGAAGGUUAACAGCACCCAUCAUGCCCUGCUACACCAUGUGCUUCUGAUGGAACAGGUUCGAAAGCAGAGUCCUCUCACAACGGGUGUGGCUCCUCUUCAUGCUCAUUCUCCACUGGCAAUAGUGGGGGAGACGUUAUCACCAACUCCCAGGGCGUCAAACAAGUUGCCACGCCACAGACCACUUAAUCGGACACAUUCUGCACCACUCCCACAAAACACACAGGCUCUGGCACAGUUGCUAGUUCAGCAGCAACACCAACAGUUCCUGGAAAAGCAGAAGCAAUACCAGCAGCAGGUACAAUUGACCAAGACACUUUGCAAACCACAUGAGCAGCUUCAGCAGCCUGAAAGCCACCCUGAGGAGACAGAACAAGAACUCUGUGAGCAGCAGGCGGUACAGGAGGUUGAGGGGCCUCCCUGUGGUAGCUACAAGAGCAACAGCAAUGGUACCUAUGUAAGGUCAAUAACAGAACAACAGCCAGACAUUGUGCAGGUGAAACAGGAACCUCCAGACAGUGAUGAUGAAAUCCAAUUCAAACAGGUUGAUCCUGAGAAAAAGACAGCUAUUUUUCACCAGCAGCUUCUGGAUCAUCAGCGUAUCCACCAACUUCGACUGUACCAAGCUCAGAUGGCUGUGGUUGGCAUGACAGGAUUAGACAAGCACAGGUCUGUUUCCAGGACACAAUCAUCCCCUGCUGCUUCCACAUUGCCGCAUUCUUCUAUGGACCAUCCCAUCAGACACGUCUAUACCACUGGAGUUGUCUAUGAUACCGUCAUGCUUAAACACCAGUGCAUUUGCGGUAACCACAACAUUCAUCCUGAGCAUCCUGGGAGGAUACAAAGCAUCUGGUCAAGGUUGCAGGAAGCAGGAUUGCUCAGCAUUUGUGAGCAAAUCCGAGGUCGAAAAGCCACUUUGGAGGAAAUACAGAUGGUUCACUCUGAAUAUCAUUCACUGCUCUUCGGUACUAACCUCCUCAACAGACAAAAGCUGGACACAAGGAAGCUGCUAGGUUCUGUCACGCAAAAUUUCUUCUCUGCUCUCCCUUGUGGGGGUCUUGGAGUGGACAGUGACACCAUUUGGAAUGAGAUGCACUCGUCCAGUGCUGCACGCAUGGCCGUUGGCUGUGUCAUUGAGAUGGCUUCCAAAGUGGCCUCUGGAGAGCUAAAGAAUGGAUUUGCUGUUGUCAGGCCCCCUGGCCAUCACGCUGAAGAAUCCACUGCCAUGGGGUUCUGCUUCUUUAAUUCUGUGGCAAUUACUGCCAAGUACUUGAAACACAAGCUAAAUAUAGGCAAGAUAUUAAUCGUGGACUGGGAUGUUCACCAUGGUAAUGGUACACAGCAAGCCUUUUAUAAUGACCCCAACGUGCUUUAUAUUUCCCUCCACCGUUAUGAUGAAGGAAACUUCUUUCCUGGUAGUGGAGCCCCAGACGAGGUUGGAUGCGGCCCUGGUGAAGGCUUCACUGUGAAUAUUGCCUGGACAGGUGGUCUUGAUCCCCCAAUGGGAGACGUGGAAUACCUUACAGCUUUCAGGACUGUGGUCAUGCCAAUCGCCAGUGAGUUCAAUCCAGAUGUAGUUUUGGUAUCAGCUGGUUUUGAUGCGGUCGAAGGUCAUGCCUCUCCGUUGGGUGGAUACAAAGUCAAAGCCAAAUGUUUUCAGUACUUGACUAAGGAGCUAAUGAGCUUGGCAAAGGGACGUGUGAUUUUAGCUCUUGAAGGUGGGCACAAUCUGACUGCCAUCUGUGAUGCAUCAGAGGCCUGCUUUUAUGCCCUGCUAGGAAAUGAGCUGGAGCCUCUUCCCCAAGAAGUUCAGCUUCAGAAGCCAAACGCCAAUGCUGUAGCUUCUCUGGAAAAAACAAUUGAAAUUCAAAAGAAAUAUUGGAUAUCAGUGCGACAGUAUGCCUCAGAAAUUGACUGGUCUCUCAAAGAUGCCCAAAACCUGGAAAGAAAAGAGACAGAAACAGUUACUGCCAUGGCAUCACUUUCAGUGGACACCAAACAGAGACAUUCCCAGAAAAGGAGCAGACUAAACAGUGACUCUCCAGUGAGGAUCAACAGUUAUACCUCAUUCCCUUUCUCCUUGAACGCUUCCAAAGAUUUCAGGCAUUCUCAGAACUCCUGAUGAACCAAUGGAAGAAGAGCCAGCUUUGUGAAGUGCCAAGUUCAUCCAGCUAUUUCCUUAACAUGACAUCAUUGUCGGUCCCUUAAGACUCUCCCAGACAUGUCGUGUCUGCUGUUUGGGUAGUAUAAAUCAGCUGGAUCUUUCAGACUGUUCAGCCAGCAAAGUGUGACAACUUCUCUUGAUCUAGGAAUACUUAAAAAGACACAUCUAUAAAGUUAUUUUUUCAAAUAAAGAAGUGUCUUACAGGUCAGAAAUAUUUUCACAAAUUUCUUUCUUUUGAUUCUACUGCUGGCUGUUUUCUUUGGAGGCCAAGUACUCGUAGAUUUCCAGUGAUGUACUGAAAUCAUUCUGUUUAUUCUUGAAGGAUGGAUGUUCUAAAAGCAAUGAAACAUACUGAAUUAAGGUUAGGCUAAUAAUGUUGUACCUUUGGAAAAAGCAGGAAAAGCAUCUAAACACUUUCAUAAAAAUGCCUUACAUACACUGAUAUAAAAGAAAAGGUUUUAUUUUGUAUGCCUUGAGAAGCAACAAGAAUCUACAUUUAGAAUAUCAAGAAUAAUAGUGAUAUAACAAUACUUUGAAAUAGUUAUUUGUCUAUUUGCAUUCAUUUUAUUACUGUUCAUCUUUUUUUUUAAUUUCUGAGCUGUAAAUAAGUUUUGACCACUGCAUUAAAGACAUGUGAGCAUCUGCUGUUUUCUUUGAUUUAUAAAUUGAACAAAAUCUUCAUUUCCAACCAAUAUCUCUCGAACUUAUUAAUAUGUUUUGACUUAUGUUAAACCUUAAUCAAAGAUU